AUGAGGAUCAUCGACCCCCAAUCCGCCGUCCUCUCCAACAUCGAGGUCCUAGCCUACCUGACAGCCAACCCGCCGCGACGACCUCCCAACCCGCCGCCCAACUCCCGCCACUGGGUUCCCAGCCCGGAUCUCCGCGACCACAAUACCGUCGUCAAGGAAAUCCACAAUUACGUCUCGCGCCUCUCCCCGCACCUUCAAUCCUACCCGCAGUAUACGCACAUCCCGCUCGCGGAACUCGAGGCGCAGGCACAGGCGCACGCCAACCUCCACAACACCAGUAACAACAACAGCAACAAAGAUACCGGCUCGGCGGCGCCCCCGACGCUCCUGCCCCCGAAACUCCUCAACAAGCCGACUCCCAUCGACCGUGCCCUCCGGGACCUCGUCACCAGGUUGAAACCCUAUGGUCUUACGAAGGUGGAAGAAGAGGGCGGUGCGGGAGAGGAGGGAGAGCAGCCGGAGGAGAUGGAGGUGGAUGAGGGGGCCACCAAUGGGGGCCAGGAUGCUGCUGGUGCUGGUGGUGAGAAUGGGGAAGCGGGUAAUGGAGAAUUGGCGGAGGAGGAUUACGGGGCUAUGGCUCUGUUGGAUACCGUUAUCGAGGAGCGGGAGGAACGGUUGAGUGAGGCGGAUGUAGCGGGGAUUCUGACUAUCAUUCGGGAGACGUUGGGAGGAGGUGCUGCGGCUGCGGCUGCGAGUUGA